AUGCAAGAGCUUGCCAAGAAGCACAUUGUACACACUGUACACCACGACCGUGGCGGCCUGGCUUCAUCGUUCUCGGUCAACUGCGGCGAAUUCAGCAUGGCCCAGCUUUCCGGCCAUCCGAGCGUCCCGCCACCACUGGUUGUGCCCACGAGCACCGUCGCAUUUCUGGUUGCUUCCUGUGUCGCGCUCACCGGGGGGGCUGGGCGCAGCGCUGUGCGACUUGACGGCUCGACCCGAAGGCACCGUAUUUCUUGUCCCAGCCUCACCAGUCACCUGCGUCAGUAUCAGUCCUCGCCGUUCUUUCCCUGA